AUGAAUAAACAGAUAUUCAGAGGCUCAAUCGAUCCCUUGAUGCGAAAAGGCAAGAAUAGCUUUAAUAUUGGUGACGCAAAAGAAGUCAAGUGUGCACUUGCUCAAUUGGUCAGCUCGUCGAUGUACAAGCGCUUGAUGGUCAUGUCUAUUUGUUAA